GAAUGAAAAUAAAGUGCAAAUCACUUUAAAAAUAAGAAAAAUAUAUAGAGAAAACCUCUCAAGAAAACAUCGUUAUCUAGUUUCCGUAGAAUUGUAAUGAAUUGAACAUGUUCUGAAAAACUCUAUCAAGUAAACAAAGUUGAUUAAAGAGUAGAAGAGAUAAUAACGGUAGUUCCCCCUUUUUCACUAUGCACACAACACAACAAGAGCCUGAAUCCAUUGUUAUCAAAGUGUCACAAACUGCGUUUUUAUAAUUUGCCAUAGAAUUUCAGUAUUUUUAUUUGGCACUGGCAACAACGGCUGCAAUAAUUUGGCAACUUUUUCUCUACGAUGCAUUCUAAAUCAAAUCAACACAGUAUCACCUGUUUGCAACAUUUUAUCGUCUAACGUGUCACAUUGUGCGUUGAUGUGAUUUUGACAGUUCUCAAGUUCACCAAUUGUGUAAAUUUGAAUUCCAAGUGGGCGGGUAUCAAAUUUCGAUGUUCGUCGCACAAUCAAUUAUGCCGUUGGAAAUUGUGAGUCGUGCUGAAUGGGGCGCAAAAGAACCAAAGGAUAUCGAAUUUAUAAAUAAAACCGUGCCAUUCGUUAUCAUUCAUCAUUCCCACUUGCCACCAUACUGCAAUACCUCCGAACUAUGUAUUGGAGCUAUGCAAGGUAUGCAAAGAUUCCAUCAAAUUGAUCGCGGUUGGUUUGACAUUGGCUACCACUUUGCCGUCGGUGGUGAUGGAAAAGUGUAUGAGGGUCGCGGUUUCAAUGUGGUCGGCGCUCAUUCACCAGGGUAUAAUACCAAAAGCAUUGGCAUUUGCUUGAUUGGUGAUUGGCAAGAAGUGGUUCCACCAAAGGAAAUGUUACAAGCUGCACAAGAUUUAAUCUCGUACGCCAUCGAACAGAAGUACCUAUCGACCAACUACACAUUGUAUGGCCAUCGCCAGGUUCGAGCCACAACUUGUCCCGGGCCAGCUCUAUUUAAUGAGAUCAAAAAUUGGCCACAUUUUGGUACUCCCCAUACUGAAAUCGUCAAUAAAAUUUAAACUGACCCUAAAAUCUCAACGAUUUUAUUUGAAAUUAAGCAAAACUUAUACCACUAGUUGCUAAGUAACAGUAACCUAAAUCCUCAAAAUGACUGUAAACAUGGAUGUUUAAUUAAAGAAUUUUAUAUUCGUUAAAAAUGGGAA